CACGUCACUCUCGUGUGAGCCUUACACAGCGUUCCUCCUGAUGUCACUACCACGCUUUAAUGAUAACAUGGCAACAGCACAGCGGGAAGGUGAAACAUCAAAAGGCCAUCAGAGCUGACAACACCACACCUCCACGGGAUGGCGUCCUCUGCAGUGCUGCUGUUGCUGUUUCUUCAGUUUGGACUUGGACAAACUUCUCAGAAGCAUCUUCAUGAAGAUCAUUACAUUGGCCAGCAGCACAACCCUGAACACGACCUGAAUAUCUUACUGGGAGAGCAGGACACGGAGGAGAUCAAGAAACUUAGCCCCGGAGAACAGAGGAAAAAGAUGAAUGAAAUUGUAAAGAAGAUCGAUACAAACGCCAACAGUCUGCUGAGUGCAGAGGAGAUUACUCUGUGGAUUCAGCACGUUUACAGAAAAUAUGCUCUGGAAGAUGCAGAGGAGCGAUUCCCCGAGUUUGACACUGACAAAGAUGGCGCUGUAACAUGGGCGGAAUACAACACGGUUGCUCACGACCAGCUCAUCAGUUUAGAUGACAGCACCAUUCUGGAGGAUCCAGAGCAAGAGUCUCUCAGACACCUCCACCUGAAGGAGAGGAGGCGCUUUGACUUUGCUGAUGUGGACGGCAGACCCGGCCUUAAUGUAACAGAGUUUCUCGCCUUCACACACCCGUCUGAAGUGGAUCACAUGGCUGAUUUUGCCAUUGAAGAUGUGUUGAGUGAAUAUGACACAGAUAAAGAUGGAUUCAUCAAUCUAAGGGAAUUUAUUGGAGAUGUCCAUGGUGAUGAGGGUUCCCCUUCGCAGUGGGAGAUUGAGGAAACUGUGCGGUUUAAAGAUCUCUACGAUCAAGACAAGGACGGCAGGUUGAAUCGAGAGGAGCAGCUCCGGUGGGUUGCGCCUAACAGCUACGGUUCAGCAAGAGAAGAGGCUCUUCACCUCAUCAAGGAAAUGGACAGCGACGAAGACGGGCAGAUCUCGCAGGCGGAAGUUUUGAAAAAUCAAGAGACAUUCAUGAACAGUGAAGUGACAGACUAUGGCAGACAGCUGCAUGUAUCACACGAUGAAUUAUAACUACAGUUUCUAAGCUUGUUGUAGAGUUUUAUCAUUUGAUUCCACAUAGGUGUGAUCUAGUUUAUUUCCUGCGUUGUACGUAUACAUAAGUCAUGGGAUUCACUCUGUGGAGGGAGAUGUCCACAUCUGACUGUGAUCAUUGCAUUAGCUCAUGAAAUGAACCAAUGAACAGGAAACAUCUAUUGCAAAAUGCCCAGAGCGCUGUUCAGGGCCUCACAUACACAGUGAAUGCAAAUUAUGAACUUCCCAAAUUGUGUGUGUUGCAGAGAUGUUGUAUUAUACAGCACAGCAGGGGCUCUCAAGCUUUUUGAGUUGUGACCACCAGUAUUAUCAGUCUGGUGCACGUGUUUCUCUGCAUUGUAGUCUGUUAUAAUUCUUUACUUCUUCAUUCUUAAGCCCAGACCUUUUGGUCUUAUCACUUUAAGAGUAGAUAAGUAAGGAACAUGUUGCAUUCUGUGAUAUAUAUAUAUAUAUAUAUAUAUAUAUAUGGUUUUUCUCUUCAGCUGAGCAAUCGGGCAGAACACAACUUCUGGCGGCUCACGGGGUCGUUCAUCAAAGUGCAUAAAGCCAGUUUCACAAAAUAAAAGUUGUUAAGUUUG